GCGGGGCGGGGCGGCGGGGCCCGGCCGCGUCCCUCCCGGCGGCGGUCCGCGGGCGGCAGCGCCGUGCCCGGGCCCGGCGGGGAGCCGGGGCGCUCCCGGCAUGUCGCAGGCCGCCAUGUCCGAGACCUACGAUUUCCUGUUUAAGUUCUUGGUCAUAGGAAAUGCUGGAACUGGAAAAUCCUGUUUGCUACACCAGUUUAUUGAAAAGAAGUUCAAAGAUGAUUCAAAUCAUACAAUAGGAGUGGAAUUCGGUUCAAAGAUCAUAAACGUUGGUGGUAAAUAUGUAAAAUUGCAGAUAUGGGACACAGCAGGACAAGAGAGAUUCAGGUCUGUAACAAGAAGUUACUAUAGAGGCGCUGCAGGUGCUUUGCUUGUCUAUGAUAUAACCAGCCGAGAAACCUACAAUGCGCUUACUAAUUGGUUGACAGAUGCAAGAAUGUUAGCAAGUCAAAAUAUUGUAAUAAUACUGUGUGGAAACAAAAAGGAUCUUGAUGCAGAUCGUGAAGUUACUUUUUUAGAAGCAUCCCGGUUUGCACAAGAAAAUGAGCUGAUGUUCUUGGAAACAAGUGCACUAACAGGGGAAAACGUUGAAGAGGCCUUUGUACAGUGUGCAAGAAAAAUACUCAACAAAAUUGAAUCAGGAGAGUUAGAUCCAGAAAGAAUGGGCUCAGGUAUUCAGUAUGGAGACGCUGCCUUGAGACAGCUGAGAUCACCACGUAGAGCACAAGCACAAAGUGCUCAAGAAUGUGGAUGUUAAAGAAGCAAAGCACAAAAUUCCAAAUACUCACUUUAGAUACAGAAGCUCUCGAGAUUUUACAUUGAUUGGUGUGGGUAAGUGAUGGAGUUCCUAUGUAUUUUUCAGCUGUCCAUGUAAAUGGCGUUUGAAGAAACAAAGUUUGAGAGCUAUGCAGUUUUUAAACAUGCCUUUCCGCUAUAUACAGACAGAGCAGAUGACUGCUGACAGAAAGGUGCGCCAUGUGCUAUGGGUGGAGGAUUGUCCAUGUGACACAAAAGCCUGUAAAGAAAACCUGAUAAUUCAGUGGACAAUGUUAAGGUGAUACCUGUAUGUAAACAUUUUCCGUUGCCUACUUUUGUUCUUUCAUCUUUAUUUGAAAGCAUUGCUAUAUACUGUAAAUAAUGUAACAGUAAAUUUACAAAGCAUGGUAUACUUAUAUAUGAUGAUAGAAUGUUGCACUACAAGCAGUUUAAUAUUUUAUUUUUUUAUCAUAUAAACUAAAAUUUAACUGAGGUAGGCUUUGUCGUGUUUGCACAACAGUUUAUAUUUAUGCCAUAUAUUACAAAACCACUGGCAGUGUCAGUAAGAGGUGGCUGUUUGUUUUUCCUUCUUAAUUUGACACAUUCUGACAAGGUGUUUACACAACUGAUUUUCAAUGUAGGGUUAGACCCAUAGUUAACAUUUUGUAACACAUCAAAUUGGAGAAUUCAUCUUUAUUGAAGUUCACAUAUCCUAUUUUAUCAUAAUUCUUAAGUAUCUCUUAAGAUAUUUAAGAAUUUAGAAGUUCAGAAAAAUGCUUUUAAAUCUCUCAAGUGGCUGUCAACUGACAUGCAUUCUGGAAUUUUUCUUGGUCCUGAUGUUUUGUUUAGCACUGGUGUCAUGAUGAUAGUAUGUAUAUGUGAACAGAACUGUGCAUCUUCUGUGUGUUUUGUAAUUCUAGUGCAGGGGCAGGGGCGCAUGGAGAACAAUCACAGGAGGAGUUCUAUUUAACCUCUUACUUCUGACUAAGAAAUCAACUAGGGAAAAAUGUCUGGUGAACCAUACCCAGUAAAGUACAAACUGAACCCCACUGUUUUUUUCCUAAACUAUCCUGAACAUUUGAAGUUUAGAAUACUAAUAUCUUGUUCUUAAACUCUUACAAGGUACAACUAAGAACUUGAAUUGUAAAAUUAGAUUUUAAAAUUAUGAACUUAAAUUCUGCCUUUCUGGAGUUCUACCUUUUUUGUGUGGAUACUACAAUGCUAUCCACAUUGCUUCCAGAAGACUUGCAUGAGAAGAAAAAAAUAUGAAUACUAAUGUAGUUCUUUCUUCCUGUGAAGCUCAUCAAGGAAACCUUCAGCCUUGGUGCUAAUUUUUGUAUGUUAAUUAAUUCUUCCCCUGUGCUGCUUUUGUAUGGUGAGGAAGAGGUAUGGAACAAGAGAUUAGGAAUCCUGUUGUCAUUGCUUAGCUGGAGACAAAAGAGAAGAGACUUGCAGAGGGUUCAAGAGGGAAGAGAGAACCACAAGUAUUGCAUACCAUUUUUACAGUGUCAUAACAACCGAUCAGGUAAGAUAUGGGGCUUUUAUGGAGCUGUGGAAAUAAGUUAGUGUUUCUGGAGGUAGCCAAACUCAAACUGCUGGUGGGGAGUGACAUUCCAGUUGUACUCAUAUAAGUAAGUAAAAAUAUCUCUAGUGAUUUCCAACUAGAAAGGGGAUGUUAUCCUGGAAGUGCAAAUUAACACAAAAUAGCUCAUCUGAUCAGAACCCAGGGCUGAAAUUCCAAGGGUAAAAAGUGCUUUAUUUUUCUAUACAUGAAUCUUCCCUAUUUAAGGGACAUUGGUCAAAUGCACAUUUAAAAACUAAAUAAGAAAACUAAACCAAGGCUCUAAUUCAGAGGGCAGUUAAUGCACAAGAGCAAGCCAAAAAUCCUACAGAGAGGAGAGGUGUACUGUCUUUCAUGGAAUUAGAAUUGCAUGGAAAAAAUAUUGUCCUGACACUUUUGGUUCAAAUAGAUGCUCAUUGCAAAAUUAUACACCCCUGGCUCAUCUCUGAGUUAAAAGUACAAAAUAAUUAAGUUUGCUAUGUACUAGAAAAGCCUAGGCUUAGUUUUAAAAAGGUUGUAGGGUCUAAAGAUUUUCAUGUUAUAGCUCUCUAUGUAUCAUGUUUUAUUUAAGAUUUGGAUUUUUAUAUAACUGAUAAGAAUUGUUUCCAAUUUAUUCCAUUUUAUUGUUGAUAAACUGUCUCAAAAUAUACUUUUUAAUAUUAAUCCUGCAUUUACAAUACGAACAAACUCCAAAUAACCUUACCUGUCUUAGUCAUGACAUUUAUUUUGACUUCCAUUACUCCAAAUGGAAGUUCCCUGAAGUAGAUGGUGGAUGCAGUUACCACCUCCAGCAUGUCCAAAUGGCAUAUUGUUCAACUGGGGUGUGUUGCAUUUUUACCAGAGUUCUUGGGGGUGGGGGUGAAGGUGUCAGUUCUGAAACCCCAAACCAAUACUGAAGUACUGGAAAAGUGAUAGAGGAAUGUGUUCCCCAUGAUCUAAUCAGAUUCUUGGUACACAGACGAAAGUAAAAGCUGUGUACUUACCCGCCAUGACAUAGCACAGGUAAAGCCAAAGGUCUCCCUUCCAAUGCUGUUAAAAUGGUUGAAGCGGGGUUGCCACUUGAUAAAAACUUCUCUAUUAUUACACUAACAGUUGAAACGGGGAGGGUUGUUACUUAAUUCUGUUGCUUUAAAGUAGUACACUGCUGAAAGAAAGUGCUCUACAGGGUGUUUUUUGUUUUAAAAAUAUUUUCCAGUCCUUUUCCCUUUGUAUACAAGAGCAGCCCUUUGUUUAUACUAACUAGUUCAUGUGAUCAUUUUGGUCAUGUGUCAGUGGUUAAGCAGCAGUAAGCACAGUUUUAUUCUUUAACAAAUUGUCUUAUGCUGUCCCCUUCCCGUGAGGAAGGAAAGAAUACCUUCAUUAUAAUCAGGAUUGCCAGGUUUUUAUAAUUUUCUUAUACUUACACCCUUACUAUAUUAGUGCAUAUUAAACCUGGUUAAUGUACAUGUUUUGUAAAGUGUUGCACCCUUAGGCUGUAUCUCACUGACAUUUAAAAAAAGAUACUUUCUAAAAUGGCAGCUUCUGAGGAGAAUACUGUUGGAAGCAGUAGCUUUCCAGUGUAAGCUGUGCAGUUUACUCUUUUUCCUCUGAGUAUUUUUAUUUCUAAAAACAAACAUCAUGCCUAUAAGAGCUCUGGAAUCAGUUUUAAGCUUUAACAUUAUAGUUCACACAGCAAACCAAACAUAGCUCACAUAAUAUUAAGUGAUAAAUGUUAAAUUAUAUAUGGUUUUUAGUGUAAAGUUCUUACUUUACCAAAGCAAGAUGGCUUAGUUUUUACACAAAAUACUAGGCACCCAUAUCCUAGGAUUUACUGGAUAUGGAACUUUAACCGUUCAGAGAUUUAGAAGAUUUAAAUGUCUUAUUAAAUCCUGUCUUGCCUUUUAAUGAGGCUGCUGGCCUAUACUAUUUCAUUUCAUGCUUGUAUCUAACACCAAAUAAAGAAUUUUUGAUUUCUA